UAGAACUUUUAAUUUGACAACACUACUACAAUCGGCCAGCUGAAAUCGGAAUCUGACGACACUCAAAAACAUCCAAUCCAAAAUAAAACAAAUACAAAUAAAAUAAUCUAAUGCCAAAAUAAGAUAAAUACACAUCGAUUGUAGCGACUGCGAAUUUUGCCGAGAUGUCCGUUCGCUACGACUGGUACCAAUCGGAAACCAAGGUGGUCGUGACCGUUUUGCUCAAAAACGCCGCUGACAAGAACUACAAUGUGUCCAUAGAGGCGCGCCGGCUGCACUUGACUGCCGACGGAUAUGAGCUCGACCUGAAGCUGCAGCACAACGUCGUGGUGGAGCGCUCCUCCCACAAGGCCUAUCCAUCGAAGGUUGAGAUCACACUAGCCAAGGUAACGGGUGACCGCUGGGAAAGCCUUGAGGAGAAAGACAAUGCAGUGGCGACCGCUGCCCCGUCCAAGGUGCAGACAAAGAACUGGGAUCUUCUGGUUAGCGAGGAGGAAAAGCUCGACGAGAAGGAGGCCAAGGGCGAGACGGCCCUGAACAACCUGUUCAAGAAGAUCUACAGCACCUCGUCGCCAGAAGUGCAAAAAGCCAUGAACAAAUCCUUCUCAGAGUCCGGGGGUACCGUGCUCAGCACGAACUGGAACGAGGUAUCCAGGGAGAAAGUCACCGUUAAGCCUCCAGAGGGAACUGAGUUCCGCGAGUGGGAAAAAUGAACCAAUGCUACCGGAAUACAGAUGAACAAAAAUAUAUUUAUACCAUGAAAAAAAAGUGUAGGACGAGCUGUAACUUUAUUAACAAAAACUAACAUUAUUUGUUUUGAAUAAAUUUUAAAUUUUAAAUAAACUUUCAUUUAAGCAUUAAAA